AAAAAAAAAAAAAAAAAACACAAAAAAUCCUUCAAUUCUAUGGAUACUGCUCAAUGGCCUCAGGAGAUUGUGUUGAAACCCAAUGAAGAAAUUGUGGGAAACACUUGCCCAAAACCAAGUGGUGUAUCUGUUGUUGAGAGGAAAAUUAGAGCACAAAAGGAACAAGCUUUGAAUUGUCCGAGGUGCAAUUCCAGCAAUACUAAGUUUUGUUAUUACAAUAACUAUAGCCUCACACAACCAAGAUACUUUUGCAAAACAUGUCGAAGGUAUUGGACUGAAGGUGGUUCCUUAAGAAACAUUCCUGUCGGAGGUGGCUCAAGGAAGAACAAAAGGCCUUCUUCUUCUUCUUCUACUACUACUACUACUUCUUCUAAUUCUUCUUCUUCUUCUACUUUAUCCACAUCUCCCACUUGUUCUAAUCUUCCUCCAAAGAACCCUCUUCAUCUCCCUCAAACCCCCAAAACCACUCCUUCCCAAGAUCUCAAUUUGUCCUUUCCAUCGUCCAAUCAGCUUUCGGCCAUGGAGCUUCUCACCGGGAUGGCGACCAACUCUAAGGCUUUAAAUUGUUUCAUUCCAAUGCCUUCUAUUGUCCCUGAUCCUGCCUCCGUUUACGCAUCGGGGUUUCCUCAUCUCCAUGAUCAAUUCAAGCCGAGCCUCGGAUUCUCUCUCGAUGGAUAUGGCGUUGUCCCGGGCGAGGCUAGCAAUGGCGGGGGAGGGAGGGUUAUGCAGCUGCCAUUUGAGGAUUUGAAGCAAGGGGCUAAUGGAGUUGAGGAAGGGAAAGAGCAUGGAGAUUCAAGUGGGUAUUGGAGUGGGAUGUUGGGUGGAGGAUCAUGGUAAAUUCUGGGGCUAAUUACUCUUAUAGUUCACAUUUUGGAUCUUUAUAUCUUUUCUAUUCUUGUCUACAAAUUGGUUUUCUCUCUCAAUUCCAGUCUUCUUUUUUUUAUUAAACCUUCUUUUUAUCUUGUUCAACGACAGGAUUGACGUACAAAAACAAUUUAGAAACGAGAACAAGAAUUUUAGUACAACAUAUAAACUGUCAUUUUCUUGUCGA